UUGGCGGAGUUAUGGCGGGUAUGAGCGCUUCCACUCCCGGCACCAAUGUGGCAGGAGGUCCGGUUCAGCAGGGACUUAAGGAGGCCCUAAUUGAAACCCUGACGGCUAUUUUAUCGCCGGUCCAAGAAGUGCGCGCUGCCGCGGAGGAGCAAAUUAAAGUGUUAGAGGUGACGGAAGAGUUUGGAGUUCACUUGGCUGAGCUUACUGUCGACCCUCGGGGAGCACUUGCUAUCCGCCAGCUUGCUUCAGUCAUACUAAAACAGUAUGUUGAGACACAUUGGUGCGCCCAGUCAGAGAAGUUUAGGCUGCCAGAAACUACUGAAAGGGCCAAGGCAGCAAUCCGUGAGCUGCUGCCAGGCGGCUUGCGGGAAUCCAUCAGUAAGGUGCGCUCCAGCGUAGCCUAUGCCAUAUCGGCCAUCGCUCACUGGGACUGGCCAGAGGCUUGGCCGCAGCUUUUUACACUACUCAUGGACAUGUUGAUAAGCGGAGAUAUCAACGCUGUGCAUGGAGCCAUGAGAGUUCUCACAGAGUUUACCAGAGAGGUGACGGACACACAGAUGCCUCUGGUUGCACCAGUCAUUUUGCCAGAGAUGUACAAAAUCUUUACCAUGGCAGAGGUUUACAGCAUUCGCACGAGAUCCAGAGCAGUCGAGAUCUUUACAACGUGUGCCAAUUUAAUCUGUGCUAUAGAGGUCUUUGAAAAGGGUGCUGCCAAAAAUUUCUUCUUUCCUGUGGUGGAGCAGUUUACCGAGGCACUUGUACAGGCUGUACAGAUGCCUGAUGGUCCCACUUCAGACAGUGGCCUCAAGAUGGAAGUCCUCAAGGCAGUGACUGCUCUUGUCAAGAACUUCCCCAAGCGCAUGGUUUCCUCCAUGCAGCAGAUUCUUCCCACAGUGUGGAAUACACUGACAGAAAGCGCUACCUUUUAUGUGAGGACAGAGGUCAACUACACGGAGGAAGUGGAUGACCCAGUUGACUCUGAUGGAGAAGUUCUUGGCUUUGAAAACCUGGUCUUCAGCAUCUUUGAAUUCGUCCACACACUGCUGGAUAACAACAAGUUUAAGAGCACCGUCAAAAAAGCCCUCCCAGAGCUCAUCUACUACAUCAUCCUGUACAUGCAGAUCACAGAAGAUCAGAUAAAGGUGUGGACCGCCAAUCCUCAGCAGUUUGUUGAAGAUGAAGAUGAUGACACAUUUUCUUAUUCUGUUAGAAUUUCAGCUCAAGAUCUGUUGAUGGUGGUAGCAGCAGAGUUCCAGAAUGAGAGUGCUGUUGCUUUAGCAGCAGCUGCAACAAGGCACCUCCAGGAGGCAGAGCAGGCCAAGAACGCUGGCAAUGAGCACUGGUGGAAAAUUCACGAAGCCUGCAUGCUGGCUCUGGGCUCGGUCAAGACCAUCAUCACCGAGAACGUUAAGAAUGGUCGCAUACAGUUUGACAUGCAUGGCUUCCUUGCCAAUGUGAUUCUGGCUGAUCUCAAUCUAGCAACAGCUUCUCAGUUCCUGCUCGGUCGGGCUCUAUGGGCAGCCAGUCGCUUCACCACAGCCAUGUCGCCGGAGCUCAUACAACAGUUUUUACAGGCGACUGUAAGCGGCCUACAUGAAACCCAGCCACCAUCAGUUCGUAUUUCUGCUGUCCGAGCAAUCUGGGGAUACUGUGAUCAGCUCAAGUUGUCAGACAGCACCCAGAUCCUGCAGCCUUACCUUCCCAGCAUAUUAGAGGGACUGAUCCAGCUGGCUACUCAGUUCAGUUCAGAGGUCCUUACAUUGGUCAUGGAGACGCUUUGCAUCGUGUGUACGAUAGACCCUGCUUUUACCACUAGUGUGGAGAACAAAAUAUGCCCUCUCACCAUUGCAAUUUUUCUUAAAUACAGUAAUGAUCCCGUGGUGGCGUCAUUGGCACAGGACAUCUUUAAGGAGCUGGCUCAGAUUGAGUCCUGCCAGGGCCCAAUGCAGAUGCGCCUAAUCCCCACACUUGUCAGCAUCAUGCAGGCUCCACCUGAUAAAAUUCCCUCUGGACUUUGUGCUACGGCUAUUGAUAUCCUGACCACAGUCGUUCGGAACACCAAGCCCCCUCUGUCUGAGAUGCUAGUGUGCCAGGCUUUUCCUGCUGUAGCCCAGUGCACCCUUCGUGCUGAUGACAACGCAACUAUGCAGAAUGGUGGCGAAUGCUUGCGGGCCUACAUCUCAGUCGCUCUGGAACAAGUUGGACAGUGGCGGGAUGAUCAGGGCCACAGUGGCCUGUGGUAUGUCAUGCAGGUGGUCAGUCAGCUUCUGGACCCACGCACUUCAGAAUUCACCGCCGCCUUCGUCGGCCGACUGGUUUCCACUCUAAUCGCCCAGGCCAGCGCACAGCUGGGGGAGCAGCUGGACCAAGUACUGCGUGCCAUUCUGAGCAAAAUGCAGCAAGCUGAAACGCUGAGUGUCAUGCAGUCUCUGAUCAUGGUGUUUGCCCACCUGGUACACUCACAACUCGAGCCCUUGUUGGAGUUUCUCUCCAGUCUGCCAGGACCCACCGGAAAACCUGCUUUGGAGUUCGUCAUGACUGAAUGGAUGAGUCGACAACAUCUCUUCUACGGGCAAUAUGAAGCCAAAGUCAGUGCUAUAGCUUUGUGCAAACUCCUUCAGCAUGGUCUCAACACCAAUGACAAGCGCCUGCAAGAAAUAGUAGUUAAAGGUGAUGAAAUCUUCAACUCGGACGAAGGUGUUCGCACACGUUCCAAAUCUGCAAAAAAUCCAGAACGAUGGACCAACAUUCCCCUGCUGGUAAAGAUUUAUAAACUCAUAGUCAACGAACUCUCGUCUGUAGUGGAGGCUAACACACAUCGAGCAAACCCUGCAGAUUGGAGUCAAGAUUCAGGAGGAAUGUGGGAAGAUGAGGAAGAGGAUGAAGAUAACGAUGACGAUGCAUUAGAAGGGCAGCUUCUUUCUGACCUGAUAUCCUCUAACAAAUAUGAUGAUGAUUUCUAUGAGGAGGAUGAUGAUGAAGAUGACCCAGAUGCCUUAAAGGAUCCUAUAUAUCAAAUUGACCUUCAGGCCUAUCUGACAGAUUUUCUGACACAGUUUGCCCAGCAGCCUUGCUACAGUAUGUUUUCUAGCCAUCUUAAUGAUUGUGAAAGAAAGGUUUUGCAGUCCAUUGGUAUAUAAGCGAUGUCUGUAUUCAUUAGCUUUCCCUGUUUACCACUCACCGGUGUUAUUCUUAACUUGAGGACUGGAGUGGCCGUUUUAGAAGGCACUUAUUGAUUCCAAGCCACCAACGGACUUAAUAAAAAAUGCACUUAUUGACGUGGUCCUAUCUCAACGUCUGGGGGGAGGGAACUAACAAACCACCCGGGAUGCAGCCCAGUAAGGACUGGGAACACGGGAGAAUAUUAAAAGUGUAUAAUGACCGGAUACAGCUAAGUGAAGUAAAGUGGAGAUUUGGAAUAUAAAAAAGGGAGUUGAUGGUUUAUUUACCAAGAGACCAAGGUCAGAAGUAAUUAAACAGUACUGUUAACCAUUUGCAAGUCUCUCACCUUACCAAUCCAUGGUGAUUUCAAACUCUUUCUGUAAAGAAAGGCAUACGAUUUUGACCGACCACUUAGAAUACCUUUAGACUGUUAGAUAUAAUGGUGGUCUUUUUAAAAUGCAUAGCUUUUGUCGAGAACUCAUGAGCUUUGUUUCUCUUGCAACAGAAUGUGCUGAGUAUGAGGAAUGAGUAUCCUUGUACACACUGAAGUGUGGGAUGAUGUUUAAUAAUAAACCUAUAAUUGUUUCAUUUUCA